UUGGAUACAUUAACAACUAGUACUAGCUGCUGAUGCACCUGAUUGAAAAGUGGCUCCAUUGGCUGCUUAAUUUCUGCAUAUGCAUGAUUGACACCAUUAUACCAUAAUAAGGCUGUCAUAAUUCUAAGGAUUAUCUCAAGUUUCAGUACUAGUAGAAACUUGAACCUGAGCAUACAGCUUCGUGCCAGCUAGACUCAUGUUUUCACAGUAAUCAUCCAGGUAGGUAAUUCCUUGGUAAGUACUACUGGUCAUUAGAUUCCACCCGUGGUCUAAAACCAAAUGAAUACGCCAGCCAGAACCACCAGCAUGACUUUCAGGAUUUCCCAAGUUAAGCCGCUAGCCAACUGAACCAUAUUUUGAAUGGUUAUUUUUUGACAGUAAACCGUAGGGGAGGCCCCCAAAAGUGUAUAAUUUUUGCAAAGGGUAACUAUGGCCAGAUUGUCAUAAAGAAUUAAUCAAAUGCCGAUGUUUUGUCUGCAUCUUCAUCAGCCAUUCAGCCCACAAGAAUGGCAGGCUGCUCAAAGAUUGUAACAAAAUUCUAAACUUAGAAUAGAAGAGUAAAUUUGUAAUGGCGACAACACAGAGUGCGCAUUCAACACAUACAACAGUAAGUAUAUACAAAUUUGGGAAAUAGCCUCCAGAUUUGUACUUAGGUAUGGAUCAGAACCGCCAAACCUAAUCGUAGUCUAUGCAGCACCUUGCCUCCUUCAUGAUCAACAAAAGAAUCUGCAUAUGUAUCAUCACUAGUGAUACAAAGGUGUUUUGUAUUACGAGAGUCCAGGAAGAUUAAGAUUGGCCCCCUUGUCAUAGCUUUUUGUUCUUGUUGUUGCUUAAUUCCUCUUCAAUUUAUGUUCUUACUUCUUUUAUUUUUCAGAAAUCCUGAAAGCAUUCUGCAAGUGUGUAAACUAGAUUUCUACCAAUCUUCUUAAAUCAUUCUCAUUUCCUAAAUCUCCUUGAAAAGAUGCUAUGGUCUCAGAAAGCUCUUGACGAACGGCUCUAACAAUAAAAUCCUGCACACAAAUAAAGCGAAGCAAUUAAAACACGGCAGCUAGCUAAUAGUAUGCAUGUCAGAACCAAUAAUUCAAUGCUCUUAAAAAUCGUGAUAUAAUGAGAAAUAUAUCCAUUUCUAGCAUUAUUAGUAAGAAAUUGCAAUAAAUAUUAGGAUGUAAUAACUAGAAUACUCAUCGAUAUUUACCUGGGUAUGAUCUGAGGAAUACUGCUUUUAGUAUGGCAACUCCUGGUGGGAAUUGCAUCAGCAAAAGAAGAUUUAUCUCUGUCUAGAUUCAGGUUCUCCCACCCCUGCAUUCCUUCCUUAAGUUAAGAAUUGUAAGAAGAAAUUGCGCAAUUUCAUACUCCUCUAACAAGGAAUGCUUAAUUGCUCCUGAAAUAGAGGUGCAUGCAUCGGAUAAUAAUAUGUAAUGACAAGUGAAACCCUAAACUUCGUAGGAGUCUUUACCUGUCAAAACUAGCCUGGGACCAGAUUCGUCAUUAGCAAAUAUAGGAGAUAGAACACAGGAGUGUCUAACACACAUAUAUUUGGAUGACUAGCAACCUGAAAACUAGAAACUUCCUGUUGUUAAGAUUUAAAUGACACAUUACAAUCAUAUAAAUAGUUCCCGAGCCAUGGGAUAUUGAUGGUAGCAGACACAAGAAGGUUAUAGGUCACCAAUCUUAUUUGUGCUAGUAGGCUAAAAAGGACAAACUACGCUCGCCAAAGAUACUACACAACAAUGCAUCAAACCUUAGAUAUAGUGUGUAUGUCAGAUCAUGACACUAUUUUAAAACAAAUCAACAUGUUUAUUUGUCCAAAUAUACCCCCACGACCACCAAGCCCAUCGAAUAAAACAAUAAUCUCAUUGACAACAAAAUUUUGUAACUGUGUACUUUGUGGUAUGUACAAUCGUCUUGAAGCAAUGAACUUAUUUUUCGCUUAAUUCUUGAAGCAUAACUGACAAAUGAUAAUGUUAGCUUCUCAAUUAACCAUGGAUUUCGAGUCACGCGACUAGUCGAUGAGUCGCAAAAAAAUGUUGACUCAACUUAGUGUCGACUCAUGACUCGAGUCGCGACUAGUCGCAACUGCAGGCUCGACUUUUUCCGAGUCGCUACCCCAGAACGACUCAUCCGAGUCGCGACUCGAAAACCAUGCAAUUAACCCAUUGCCUCAUGUUUUCCGCAAAACAAAACAAAAAAUAUUGCCUUAUGUUAUUAGGUAGUUCUGCAGUAAUAUACAAAUGAAUUUGACAUAUGCAGUUGAUCCAACAAACAACACUAACAUGGAGUUUGUGUAAAUUCAACCGUAAUACAACAUAUGAGACUUAGGUUUAUGUCACUGUGUGAGCCAUGAGGCGUCUGGCCUCGGGCUCUUGCACGCCCUCGUACUUUUCGCCUCUCACGCUUCAUGUUGUGUGCUCAUUAAGGCCCUAAUUGGAAUAAAUAAAUUUGUAGAAAUUUUGUAGGAUUGAAUUUAUAUAGGGAAAAUUCCAACAGUUCAGUUUGGAACGAAGAAAUGGCUCCCCAAGAUUUAUGUGAGGGAAUGAGGAGCAACCCAUAUGAAUUCUGAAGGAAAAAAACAUGUGGUUUUAUUUCAUGUUUUCUUUUCCUUAUGUCUAGAAUUUCCACAUUUAUCCUGUGCAUUAUCGAAACGAAAGUUUUGGAGUACUACUUUGUAUUUGAUUGGAUUCAUGUAAGGUCUUUUUUUUUGCGAAAAGGAUCCAGAUAAAUUCAUACUACAUGACAUCUCUAUUUCUUCAGUUUUUCUUUUCUUGCGUUUUCUAGUUCACAUGUUCCAAUCAGGACAUAACUUUAAGUGAAAUGGUAGCAAUAAUACAUGGCGAGUUAAAGACAUGACUACUUUGGAAGUGAUGAAGUAUGAAAAAUUGCGGAAAUAGGAGAUAAUGUGUGGUACACAACUGGGGUUGAUCGUUGAUUGGAAUCCCCCAAAAGCAGUUGCUGAAGUUCAAAUUAGGCAAUGGAUCUGGACACAGAGAAUCGUCUAGCUUCAUUACUCCUUGAAGAAGCACGGAGAUUACAGUCAGAGGCUGAUAGGGAAGGCGUUCAUGCAUAUCUGCGAAAGCCCAAUGUUAGGCAUCGUCCAAACUCCCGGUUCCUCACAGCCACAGUUCGUGGAGUUCAACAAGCAAACCGUGUUGUGGAGGUUGAUGAAAUGUGGCGUGCCAGGGAGAAGGAACUUGAACUUGAGUCUAAGCUGAAAAGAAGAAAUAAAGAGCGUGGUGACUCUAGAGGGGAGAAACGCAAAGGUGACUCGAGAAAUAUGAGUUCCAGCUCAAAGAUUGAAGAAGGAACUGCUUAUAAUAGUUCUUACUCAGACCAGGAUGAUGGUCUAGGGGAUGAUGAAGUUGAAAAGUUUCUGCAUUCAAGGGUAAAGCGAGGAAGAGGUGCCGUUGGCUCUAGGAUGGAUGAACCUGGUCCAUACCUAAAGGCUUCAUCGCAUUGUCGAGACAAAGAACCUAGCCCGGAUAUACGUUUGGAAGAAAAAUGGGAACACCGAGUGCAAGGUCCGGAGAGGCCACUGUUUUUGAGAUCCAAGUCUCUUGAUGAUUGUUGGCAUGGGAAAACAUUGGAUGAUAAGCCAUCUAGCUCUUGUGAACCACACAGGAAGAAGGAAAAUAAAAAGGAGAGGAGAUCGGAGAAAAAAGAGAGAAAGGAGAGAAAAGACAAGAAGAAGGCCAAGCAUCGCCACCGCCACCACCAUCACAAAAGCCGAAGAAGGGAGUGAUGUGCCCCAUUACUGAACUACAAUUUGUACACAAGAAAGGGUUCUGUUACUGAAAGAUGCUGCUACAUGCUGCUAUUACUUGUUCGCUGGGAACCUGUGUUGUAACUAAAACUCCGCCAGCGCGCACAAGGGGGAUACGGUUGGCACUGUGCCCCGUGUUUAAACAUGUUAUGUGUUGCUCGAGUUGAACUUUCUUUGCCUAUAACAUGAUUGGCAUCUGAUGAGA